GGAACUAGUGUUAUCAAUGGAAAUUGAACGUGCAUUUGUACAGUUGAUAAGCUACAGUAAAAAUGGCAAACGCUGAAAUUACAAACCUCAGAAAAUUUUAGGACUUCCGCAAGCCAGCCCCUGUAACUGUAAUAAUGGGGGAAAUGCCGCUAUCGCAACCUUCCGAAUGUGAAGGCGGGCGGAAUAACGAAUGCAUCCUUCAACAAAGAACAGAGGCGGCUAGUAUUGGAAUUGCCAAUAGAGCCAUGAAGAUUGAGACAGGGAUCCUAACCCACUCCCAUGCUGCAGAACUCCAGUUUCUCAGAUCACGGGUCCGAGAGCUAGAGAGAGAGAAGGCGGCAAUGGCUUCAGAAAACCAGCGCUUGAAGAACAUGCUAGUAAAGGAGAUACCUGGGUUGCUGUCCACCAUGUGGCAGACCAUGGGCUCAGCCAGUCAGAACCCUCACCCUGCCUCCCCGCAGACCGUUUCUGCGGCAACAGGAAGGGACAGCUUCUUAUACAUGCAUCAGCAUUCCAUGUCAGGACACUCUACACAGGACAGAGACUACAGUCGCUCCCUGCACGAGCCCAUGUCCAACCACUCCACCAUGGGCCAGGACGGCCUUAAUGGGGAUAUACCCAACUAUGGAGCCGAAAUGGCUGCCAGUGAUGACGAUGUGAAUGGGGAUGACUUGGACCUGAGUAAUAUGGAGGGUGAUGACCCCCAUGGAUGUGCCACCUCCCUUUGCAGCCCGGUAGAGAUUCCUGAGAUGAGGCUUUGCUCAGAGACACACUGCGGCAAUGGAGACUCGAACCUACAUGUCAACCACAUAGAGGUGUACCCAGGCUCCGGUGUGUUCUGUGAAAUACGGUCCUGGCAUGCAGCCAAUCAGACGCAGUCUCCAACAGCGAUGGCACGGACCCUGUUGCUAGGCGUAUUUGACAUGGACACGCUGAUGAACAGCAACCUGAGGGGGGGCCGGAGCCGUAGGCCAACCUAUCCCGAGCAGCGCAAUGCCCUGGACCCCCAUAAGAUCAACGCCAUCUACAAUGCCACCCUGGCCCGCUUCCCAUUGGCUAGGAAGGGACAGAUUGGCACCGGGAUCAACUCCAAGCUAUCCGAGAUCCGCUUCCGAUCCAGGAAAGUCAAACGGGAAAAUCUCUGAGAGACUGUACCACCUAUCACCACCAAAGACAGUGUAAUUCCAUCACCAUUUUGGAGUCGUUUUUACAUGGACUGUGUGUGUUUCUUUUUUGUAUUUUUUUGUCGUAUGCCUCAAUAACUUAUCACUAGAGCACAGUGUUUCGGUGCCAGUGACUUCUGCACAUUAGUCUCAUGAUAUUUAUCCAUUGAUUUCUCUGAUCCUCAGUAUUAGACACCCUCUGAGAGAACCAUUACCUCCCCUCGAUUUCAUUUUGUGUCCCGUCCCCUCUCUAUCACCUCCCUCCGAGAGGAGCAUCAGUCCCCUGGAGAUGUCACUGUAACCCCCCCCCACACACACACCCCCCCUCCCACACACACACACCCCUUUCCCUAAUGGACCCCCAGGUACUCUCAGCCUCCAGGAAGGAGACAGCAGAAAUUAAUUCAUCUUUAAGGACUUGGUCUCGGGUGUCAUCAUGUUUUAGAGUUCACCUUGCCCACCGGGGUCUCUUUGGGGGUGGAUUCAGUUCAGCUUUGAAGUGGGAGAGAGAUUGUGGUUUUACCUACAGGUAAUGUGUAAUAUGUCUUGCAAUGUGCCAUGUCAAGUUGUUGGAUUUUGUGGUUGUAAUAAAAAUUAAGUUUAAUUGUU